GAGUACAAGACCCAUAACGGCCCAAUCACUUCUCUCCUCCAUCCAUAAAGAGAGACUUCAUUGCUCCAUGGCCGACACCGCCUGACCUCUUCCUCCUCGCGACCGGCGGCCAUGGCGUCCAACACCGUCAAGCUCAUCGACAUCGCAGUGAACUUCACUGAUGGCAUGUUUAAGGGCAUCUACCACGGCAAGCAGUGCCACUCUGCCGACCUCCCCAGCGUCCUCGCGCGAGCCUGGGCUGCCGGCGUCGACCGCAUCAUUGUCACCGGAGGGUCUCUGAAGGAGUCCAGGGAAGCGCUUGAGAUCGCCGAGACCGAUGGUAUGCCCGGCUGCUAUGAUGGUGUAUAUUGGCUGACUGGUGCAGGCACAGUGUUUGAUGGAAUGCGCCUGAGGAAUUUCUUAUUUGUGCGUGUGUAUGCAAUGCAGGGAGGCUAUUUUGCACCGUGGGAGUCCACCCAACGAGAUGCGGGGAGUUUGAGGAGAGUGGAGACCCGGAAGGGCAUUUUCAGGCUCUCUUGGCUUUGGCAAAGGAGGGCAUCGAGAAGGGUUGUAGCAGUCGGCGAAUGUGGUUUGGAUUAUGACAGACUUCAGUUCUGUCCUUCAGAUAUACAAAAGAAGUACUUUGAGAAACAAUUUGAAUUGGCUGAAGCAGUAAAACUACCGAUGUUUCUUCACAUGCGUGCUGCUGGUGAAGACUUCUCUGAAAUCGUAUCACAAAAUCUGUACAGGUUUCCAGGUGGGGUUACACAUUCCUUCACUGGUACUGCAGAAGAACGUGACAAGCUUCUUUCUAUCGAGAAUAUGUUUAUAGGUAUUAAUGGCUGCUCUUUGAAGACUAAAGAAAAUCUUGAGAUUGUAGGAGGUAUUCCUGCAGAGAGGAUGAUGAUAGAGACAGAUUCUCCUUAUUGUGACAUAAAAAAUACUCAUGCUGGAAUCCAGUUUGUAAAAUCGAUCUGGCCAUCCAAGAAGAAAGAGAAGUAUGAACCUGGUUUAACAGUUAAGGGUCGCAAUGAGCCUUGUUUAGUAAGGCAAGUCCUUGAGGUAGUGGCUGGAUGCAAAGGUAUUGCUGAUAUAGAAGGCUUAAGUAAAACUCUGUACCACAACACAUGCAGGCUCUUCUUCCCUCAUGACAUAGAUGCUUCUGCAGAUGCACAGCUUGAGAGUGGUGGUGUUACUGCAGAACAGAAUAGCUGAUAAUGCAGAGUGAAUUGUUUUGAAACAUUUCGUUUUUGCUUGCUCUUCGGUUUUGUGGUGUCUAUGAAAUAUUUAUGGUGUCCUAAAAUUCUUCUAAUUUGACAAGCUUCAAUUUCGAAAUGGCAUCGUAUGUUCUUUCA